UAGAAAAAAAUAUAUUAUUGUGGGUUUUAUGUAAAAAAAAAAAAAAAAAAAAUUGAAUUUGAAGAGAGUAAAGUUACAUUUUCAGUAAAUUUUAUAGUAAUUUUUUUUCAAAUGCGUCGCGCCAUUGUUAAAAUUUUGACGGGGCAAUUGUUUACAAUAGGCGGUUCUUUUAAACUUUCCCAAUUGUUAAAAAAUAGGCCAUUUGUAAAAAUGUAUACCUGCGUCUCUCUUUCCUCUCUCUCACUCGGUCUCUCUCUUCCCUCUCACUCAUCUCGCCCUCUCUCUUCCCUCUCACUCAUCUCGCCCUCUCUCUCAUCUCGUCGUCUCUCCCUCUCUCUCACUGGGUCUCUCUCCUUAUCUUUUUUCCAUCCCUCUUGACUGCACCCAGCCAGCAAGCAGCAGCACGCUGAAGAUUGACCCAGUGGCAUUGUUGCUGCAGUCUUUGGAUAUACGGGGUUCCUAGGGCGUUAUCUUGUGCAACAACUUGCCAAAAUGGGAAGUCAGGUGUUAGUUCCUUUCUGUGGUUUUGAGGACUCCCAUCGUCACCUCAAGUUAAUGGGGGAUUUGGGACAGAUUGUACCAAUGAAAUACAAUCCGCGAGAUGAAGAUUCAAUUAAGGCAGUCAUGGCAAAAGCAAACGUGGUUAUCAAUCUCAUUGCUUGGCAGGGAGGGAUAGACAAGAAACUUUAGCUUUGAGGAAAUGAAUCAUUUCAUGGCGCAACAACUGGCAACGGUAGGUAUCCUGCAUUGACAUUCAUGACAUUAUUUUCGUUCCUGUGCUGCUUCUGAUCCUACUGCCAUCUACUUCUCUUAAAAGUUGGUUCCCAAAGCAUCAUCCUUAACAAAAAUAGUAAAAAGGUGUUUAUCAAGAUUAUUUUGCCACAGUUACGAUAGUUUGUUGUGUAUCAUACACUUCUACACACAAGUUGCACUCCGCGAUGCAGUUAUUUAGCCUACUUGCAAUUGGACUUUUCUUUCAAGAUAGAUAGAAGUGUCUUUCGGGAUCUGAAAUUCUGUUCAAUAUCCAAUUAGUGGAGAUAUAAAAGUUGGAUGUCAUUUAUUCAGGUUUUGUUGUUAGACACUGUUAGUCAUGAGUCAAUAUUAGGAAAAAAGGAAUGUAAAUACUAGGAGUCCUUUAUUAAGUAGGUUUGUUUAUAAGCUUUAUUUUGUUUCCUUGUUGAACACUGAUUGUACAUGUAUAUAUUUCUAAAGAAGCAAUACAAGAGAUAAAUUCCCUUAAAGUUCUAUUUGGUAUCAAGAGCUAGAGUUGCCGAAACCCUAGUUCUUUCCGCUGUGCUUGGUUGACUGCGUUUUCUGCAAAUUUUCUAUAGAAAACAGGGUAGCCGUGAGUGGGUGAUCUUGCUGCGUGUGCAGCAGUGUGUGGCUGGACUAUGUUUAAUUGGCGUUUCUGCACAGUUUUGCCGUGUGCGUGCAUCAGUGUUGAUUUUUUGGGAAAAACCGAAUGGCGUCAGGAGGAGGCAGUGGCAUGUUGAAGUUGGAGGGCAGUAACUUAACCAAUAAUCUAGUAUUGAAUCCGGUCGUUAUUCAGAGUGAUGCGUCUGCUGUACCAAAUACCGUGAAAUUAAAUGGAUCAAAUUAUCCUCUUUGGUCCAAAGUUUUGGAGAUGCACAUCGCUGGACGCGGUAGGAAGGGCUUUGUGACUGGGAGUACCAAGGAGCCUGCUGAGAAUAGUGCUGAGUAUAAGACGUGGGAGAUAGGGAAUGCAAUAGUAAAAGGGUGGUUGAUCAUUCCAUGGAACCUGCUAUCAUGGGAUUUUUUAUUCACCUGCGUACUGCUAAAGAAAUUUGGGAAGAGGUGGCUCGGACCUAUUAUGAUGGUUCAGACAUUUCUCAGAUUUAUGAAUUGAAGGUUAAAUCGUUCAAACUUCGUCAAGAGGGUCGGCCAGUUGGCGUGUAUUAUGCUGAUCUCAAGUCCGUUUGGCAGGAGUUAGAUCAACGGAGACCAAUCAAGAUGGAAUGUGUUGUGGAUCUCAAGACACUUCGAGAAGAAAUUCAGAUUGAUCGUGUGUAUGCCUUUUUGGCGGGUUUGGAUGAUGUGUUUGAUAAAGUGCGUAGUGAUAUUUUAUGUACUCAGCCCCUACCAUCUGUUGAGGAGGUGUUUUCUGUUGUUCAGCGUGAAGCUCAACGACAUGCUACUAUGAUGGGUGGAAAUAACAAUCACGGAGGGUUGUCGUCCAUGGCCAUGAUUUCUCGGCCAGUUGGUGCUUCUCGUCCUAGUAAUUCUUCUACUCAAUCUUUAAAUUCUCGUCCCUUCAACCGAGAAAAUAAAGAUGAUUUGAAGUGUACUUUCUGUGGACAAACCCAUCAUACUGAAGAUACAUGCUUUGCUAAGCAUGGGGUGCCUGAUUGGUUUCUAGAGUUAAAGAAAAAAUUACGUGCCAAGGAGCGUGGAGCAGCCGGGUCCAGUGGAGGUUGUGCCUCCCUUGCUGCAGCUACAACAACAGUCCAGGAAGCCGUGCCUAGCCCCAGUGACUCUAGUCAAAAUUUGUUGACUCGUACUCGAGGUGACUCGUCUUCCGACACAGGUACCCUGGGACGUGUUUUCUUAGCCUCCGAAAUUCAACACCAUACAGGUUGGAUUCUGGACUCUGGGGCAACGGAUCAUAUGUAUGUUACCAUGGAUGUGACCUUUUUUGAAUCGGAGUAUUUUUAUGCUCCCGUAUCUUCAUCUUCAAAUCACCAGGGGGAGAGCUCUAGUGGUGAUCUGGAAUGGGUGGACUUGGGAGGGAACACUGUAGCUGAUGUCGUGCAUAAUGAGGCAGUGAUCAUAGAUGCCGUGCGUGAUGAUGGGGAUGGAAUGCCAUGGCAGAUUGUUGCUGAGAGCGGCAUGGAGUCAGGAAUGAUUGCUGCCGAGAGCAGCAUGCAGUCAGGAAUGGUUGCUACCGAGAGUGAUCUGCAGUCAGGGCAGAUUGUUGACAAGUCUGCGGACGUAACCCCCUCUUUCUCUAGCUCCACAGUGCUGCCCAAUGAAUCUUCUCUGGAUAUACCUGAGGUAAGUAUUGUGGAUGAUUAUGUAACUAACGCGAGUAAUGAUGUAAAUGCAUAUAAGCUGCCACCGAGACAAAAUCGGGGUGUGCCACCUGACAGGUUUUCUCCGAAGGCAAAGUGA